CAACAUCCUGUUAAUGCGGAAGUGACGCGUUUGUUUAUGAGGAAUAAGCCAGUCAAUAGAGGGAAGAGAUGAGAAAGUCCUCACUAUACCGGCUGGUCUUAAAUGCAAGGACAAGUUUAAUGAAAAUUAUCGUAACGGUAGCGUCACAAUUUUCACACAUUUCACACAUUUUCCCGUCAGCUUUAUUCCUGAACGCUGUAAAUUCCGUCACUUUAGGCUGCUGUAGUGCAGCGACAAAGUUAGCUCGAUUGGCAUAGUUGUUUUAUGUCUCAGCACAAAUGUCUCCCUUAGAAAAGUCAAAUGGUACAAGAACAUCACAAAGACCAAAAUUGGACUGGAAGUUCGUUCAGAGGUUCUGCAGCAUCCAGAAGGUUCUGUUUCCUUCAUGGAGCAACAAGAGUGUUCUCAUGUUUGGGACUCUGCUUGGAAUCACAUUAGUUGAGCAGCUGAUCAUUUACCAGGUGGGUGUCCUUCCUAGUCGCUUCUACAAUGUGCUGGCUGACAAGGACAGCAAAGGCUUCAAGAGCCUGCUGCUCACCGCCAUGGUGGUCAUUGUGCUUAACUCCUUUUUGAAAAGCUUGGACCAGUACGUUUCCAACCUGAUGUACAUCAGUUGGAGGAAGACGCUAACAGAGAGCCUCCACACGGCUUACUUCCAGGGACGAGUCUACUACACACUCAACGUGCUCCGAGAAGACAUAGACAACCCUGACCAGAGGAUCAGUCAGGAUGCGGAGAGGCUAUGCAAGCAGAUGAGCACCAUGGCCAGUCGACUGCUUGUGUCGCCUUUCACACUGGCUUACUACACCUACCACUGCUUCUACAGCACAGGUUGGAUGGGUCCAGUGAUUAUCUUUGGUUACUUUGUGCUGGGGACCGUGGCCAAUAAGAUCCUGAUGGGGCCCAUUGUGUCCACACUGUUUGAACAAGAAAAACUGGAGGGAGACUUCAGAUUCAAACACAUGCAGAUCCGAGUCAACGCUGAGUCGGCGGCCUUUUACAGAGCUGGUAAAGUGGAGCACAUGAGGACCAACAGACGCCUGCAGUCUCUGCUGAAAACACAGCAAAGUUUAAUAAACAAAGAGCUGUGGCUUUACAUUGGGGUGAACACCUUUGAUUAUCUGGGCGGCUUCCUCAGCUACAUCAUCAUCGGCAUUCCCAUUUUCGGCGGGAUCUACGACUCUCUGUCGCCUGGAGAGCUGAGCGCUCUUAUCAGCAGGAACGCCUUUGUGUGCAUCUACCUGAUAAAUGGCUUCACCCAGCUAAUAGACCUGUCCACCACACUGUCAGACGUAGCAGGCUACACCCACAGGAUUGGAGAGCUGAGGGAGGUGAUGGAUGGCAUCCUACGCGAGCAGUGCGACUACGACCCGGCAUCUGGGGAAAGCUACGACUUCGACAGUGACUUCAAUGUCCAUGGGGGCCCUGUGGACACGGCCUUCAUCCUGGACCACCUCACCUUCAAAUCCCCGUAUUCAGACCAGCAGUUGGUGGAGGACCUGAGCCUGACUAUUCGAGAAGGAGCACAUCUGCUGGUGGUGGGUAACACCGGAACCGGCAAGACGUCCCUACUUCGGGUCCUUAACAGACUAUGGGAGGCAGAGAGCGGUUUUGUCCAAAUGACCACAUGCUUUGGGCCCAGAGGAACCCUCUUCCUGCCCCAGAAACCUUACCUGACUGAUGGCACGCUACGGGAACAGGUCAUCUACCCUCUGAAGGAUAUUUACCCAGCAUCAGGAUCUGUGGAUGAUGAAAGGAUAAUCAAGUUCCUUCAGCUGGCAGGGGUGUUCAGUCUGAUGAAGCGAACAGGUGGGCUGGAUGAAAUAGUAGACUGGAAUUGGUACGAUGUCCUGUCUCCAGGUGAGAUGCAGCGUCUUUGCUUCGCUCGCCUUUUCUACCUGCAGCCCAAAUACGCAGUCUUGGACGAAGCCACAAGUGCUUUGACUGAGGAGGCAGAGUCUCAACUGUAUCGCAUCUGCAAGCAGUUGGGUAUGACACUUAUCAGUGUGGGACACCGCAGUAGUCUGGAGAAGCAUCACGAUAUCCAGUUGAAACUAUUUGGCGCCGGUCACUGGGAGUUGCGGAGAUUAAAAGGAGCCGAUGGGAGCCUCCCGGAUGAUGUCUUGGCCUUCUGAGUCAAGGACAACACUCCACACACUGUUUUCUACGGUGGAUGCUUCGACAAGGUGACUCCAUGUUGGCUUCAGCCAAAAUCCUUUUCAUCCUUUCGUUACCUCUGUCUUGGUUAAGUGUUGGUGCAGAUCAGGAUAAAGGUGCAGAUUUGUCUCUUGAGUUAUUGCACUUUAUUUUUCUUCCCCUUGGCGGAGGUCUGUGCUAAUGAGGGCAGUGAGGUUCAUGUUUACAAAAGUCAACUAAUGUGGAAUGUACAGAAGACUAUUGCUUACGAAGAAUUAAAAGUUGUUUAGUAGAA